AUGCCACGCCCAUCAGCUGCAGGUAGAAAGAGUCAGAACAAUCGACACGAGAAUGGCCUUGUCGGUCCCGGCAAGAAAGUGACCAAGCAGAAAUCAAGCAGCCAACUCAACGGCUCGCCCAGCAACGGCUCCGCUACUGGCUCGGGCGCCUCGCUUCUCGAUCUGUCCGCCAAUCGUUCUUCGAGCGACACGCAAAUUCUCGCGCCUACGACUGCAAAUCAAGGCACAGACGAGUUGGGAGUGGACGGUAAUGUGCGUGGAGUGGUAAACGGGCAUAGCAAGGGUGUGGACAUGGCGUGCGGCCAGGCAAACGGGGCCGCCGCGCACAAUGGGGGUAUCGCAGGGUCGUCGUCUCGCAAUGGUCAUGGCAAUGUCAAACGCUCCGGAUCCAACGCGUCGAUCAACCCGCUUCAACUUGCCUCCACAAUCCUCAAGUCAUGCCCGAUGUACGACACCAUCGCCAUCUUGAUCUUUCUGUUACAGCUUCCCCCGAUGGUCCUUACUAUGGUUCAAUUCCUCUUUGCGUCCUUGACAUUCAUGCCCCCCCAGCGGUGCGGCCGCGGGCUCGCUAUCUUCGAAUUUCGAUAUUUUUCAGGGUCCGGCUGGUACGCCAUCUCUCGGAACGAUGAUAGCCAUGGAUGGCUUUUGCCUUCUUUUCUGGGGCCUCUUCAUGUGGACGUGGGCCCAGAACUUUGCAAUCGACCUUGCUCACGUCCAAGUCGCCUUUACCCUUGGCGGCGGAGGGUCCGGAAAAAAUGGCGGGGUCAAUGGUCUCUGUGUUGGGAUUGUUCUGCUCCUGCAUAUCGUCAGCAGCAAAGGCAUACAAGACUUUGUUGUCGGACAUCUCGUCUUGCAAAACUCAUUAGCCCGGAUGUACUUACUCAUUACUCAAAUCUUUUACCUGCCGAAUUUCGCCGCACCGAACCGCCAACGUCACCGAGUUGGCUACGGAGUCUCCUCGCCAUACAUAUUCUAGCACAAGCGGGGACAGCAAUGGCACGACGAUCUAUGGCUCGGAAUCGGUCGCCCGCGCCGUCACGGAGUGGAAAGCGUGUGGAUACCGAGGCAUCGGCCGGGUCACAAGGGCAAGCCGAUUCUGCUUUAGAAUCUGCCGCGAGCCUUUCGUCUUCAUUUAUUGGGCCCGAUGGACAGUUGAAGGAUGGAAAAGAUCGUUUCAUUUCAGCCAAGAAACGCCGAAGGCAAGCUAAUCAAGUUCGAAGUCGACAACCUUUCUGGGCUGCCCUCGCCAGCACAAAGGUGACGGUCAUGAGAGAAUAUGAACAUUCACGAACCUGCUCAAAAACAGCCCGCGGACUUCCGAUGACAGAGACGGAUCUCCAAGGUGUUUCUCUUGAUGAUGGAUUGGUCUGGAUUACGGAUGUGGAAAGUUCUUCGAUCAAGUUUGCUGCCGGUGAUGUCACCGACGAUUCAACGAUCUCGAAUUCAUGCGACUCACAAGUGGAUGGAGAUAUGGAACCGUUUUACGUCUGUGUAAAUGGCGCUCUAUGGGCUACUGCUACGAUUGGUCGUGUUGAGGAUUCCACGAAGGGGCCGAAUAUGGUACAAUGGCGGGGUGAGAUCUCUGGUCUUGCUCCCAAUUGUGCUUAUACGUGCACCUUCGUGCGGAGUGAUACGGACGAGGAAAUCUGUUCUAUGAGCGUCAAGACGCCCGCCACUACUGACGCAGAACAAAGUGAGUCUUCUGGAGCCCGUAGUAAAGAAAAAACUAGAGGCAGAGUUAACCGGAGCAAUUGUGCCGCAGCAGUUUCCGUGGUGCCGACACCACCUCAGCCGCAUUAUCGUCCUUCGUCUCCCACGACAACCCUUAAGAACUCUAUCAUCAAUGCCGAAUCCAAGUUGAACGAGAAACGCUCUCGGCUGAAAAAAGCAAAGAAUGAUCACAAGCUUCUCAUUUCAAAGAUUCGGAAGGAAUUGGACAAUUACAACAACCGCUUGCAGAGUGGCACUGACGAAAACAAACAAAAACAGCGUUCGCUCCAAUUGGAGCGCAACAUCAAGCAGACAGAGGAAGCGACGGUCAUGCUUGAGGCACAGCUUGACAGCAUGGAGACUGUUCCGGAGGAGGAGAUGGAGCAGUGGACUGCACAAAAAUCCGAAUUUGACCGCGAAUUAGAACGCCUCAACGGGGCCAAGGAGGAAGUGCAAAACGCACGACUUGCUAUGGCUCAACAAGCGUCAGCUUUGGAGUCGGAAUUGAGCAUGGUCAUCCAGAAGCGCGAACGUCUUCAGAGCCGCCGUACUCGCGUCAACGAGCAGUAUGAACGCAUCAUUUCCGCUAAUGCCCAGGGGCUCAACGAGAGAGAACGACGAGCAGCCGAGCAAUUUGCACGCGAGCAGGAUCAGGCCAAGCUAGAAGCCAGCUUCCACGAACAAUUUGGAAGCAUCACCCAGAGCGUGCAAGAUUUCCAAUUGCGCACUAACCAGCUCUGGCAACAGGCCUCUGCGAUUGAGCAGUCUAUCCAGCAACAACAGCAGCAAAUGCUCAUGGAAACGGGUCCCCUGACACCCGAAGGCAAUUUGCCUGGCACCAAUCCUCUCGCGGAAGCUAAUAUGCCGGCCACAACGGCUCCUGCCACCCGUUCCCACCUAGGACUGAGCUUCGCCCCUGCCAGGUCUAGCCCUCUGCAACACGAUUCGUCUCCUGGCCACGCAAGUCUGUCGCACCCAACCAGCCCCGUCCAGGAUGCACCGCCCCAAUUCCCUGCUUCUCCGUUUGCAAAUGCAACUUCUUACUUUGCGAAUGAGAGUAGCCGUGACCGUUCUUUCUCUAAUCGAUCGGCCCGCAGCAGCCUCUACGGAUCGGAUUACUUUGAAGCGAAGGGCAUUCCUCCCUUCCAACUCGAUCUAUCCGAGCUCCUCUCCGAGAAGCAUCGGUCCGGAUCGGAGCCAAAUAGUCUGCUGUUCCAGAGUGGCCGCCCCAUGCUGAGCCCUUUUCAGCGGGCAGCAAGCCGUGGCAGCGGAGCCGGUAGUGGCAGCGCAAGUGGUAGUGGUGGUAGCGGCAGUGGAAGCGGCAGCCCCAGGUCGACUCGCGAACAAUGA